AUGGCGUCGUUGGAGAUCAUGGCAGGGUCGCUUGCUACUUCUGCCUCGUCUGCAGGGGUCAAGAAAUUGGCGUGUCGCGUGUGUCAAAAGGGAUUCACCAAGGCUGAACAUCUCCGAAGACAUGAGCGCUGUCAUACCGGCUCUAAGCCUUAUGUCUGUAAAGAAUGUCGCCGUCCCUUUGCCCGCCAGGAUGCCCUUACCCGCCAUGAGAAAUUGCAUCUGCGGGACAUGAAUGCAAAGCAGGGUCCAUCACCACAGUCGGUGCCGCCUCCUUCAGCUUCAUUAGAUUCAAUGACCUCGUGGGAUGCCAGCAGUGCAUCCACUGCCACGGGUCCGGCCUCGACGUCGGCGACUAGCCGAUCCUGGGAUGAGCCGCGGGCAGCUCAGCAUCAGGAUAUGCACAAUGUUGCUGCUGACCUCGACUUUGCCCUCGUCUGGCCGGAUUCUGAGAAUCUCUUCCAGAGCCUGAUGUCAUCUGAUACCACUGAUCAAUGGCAAAUGCCUCUGGGAACAUUGCCCUUCCCGCCCGUUGUCCAAGAUGUGAAUGGCAUGAAUUUCGGGUCACCCAACUCGUUUGACGAUCGGAGCUCUUCCGUGGGCGCCAUCCCAUCUGGCGGGGGGCAUCAGGCUGUGCGUGAUGUGACGGAGAUGAUUACUAGCUCGUCCUCGAGUGUUACCGCUGCUGUCAAAGCGACGUCAAUCACAUCAGUCUUCCUGGACGAAUGCCUACACAUGUUCUUCGUUCGAUUCAUCCCAACCUUCCCCAUCUUGCAUCGAGCUACCUUUGUCUUCCGCGAGUGUACCCAUGCCCUUCUCCUUAAUGCUAUUGCCAUUGGCUCUUUAUACCUGGGUCCCUCCGACUCCGUCGCCAAAGGCGAGGCAUUAUGGCGCUUAGCCCACACAGCUGUUGCGACGUCAUGGCAGUCCUUGAUCACCCACAAUGGACCUUAUGAUGCCUGCAAGGGAGUCCAGUUGAUGAUCACCGCAUUGCUGGGUCAGGUCUACGGAGCACUCUCAAAGAACCGAGCGGUCCGCACCACUAGCCAAGUAUUCCGACCCCUCGGCUUCUUCUGGGCUCGUCAGUGUGGCAUGUACGACAGCGAGCCCUACUCGAUGGAAAAUCUUCCUUCUGCUGAGGCCCCACUGGCCGAGAAGGAACACCAAUGGCGUAUAUGGGCUGCCCGGGAGAUCCAACAGCGCGCUCUUUUGGCAUACUACGUCCUUGAUGGCCUCGUGGCACAGAUGUCCGGUGAUGGAGCAUCGGCCCGCCAUGUCUCCAAUCCAUUGAGUCUGCCCAGUAGUGAAGGUGCCUUUGACGCGAAUACCGCCGACGAGUGGCUGGCGCAUAUGCACUCGCAACAGCCCAGUCAGUCGUCAUUCCGUGUCGUCUUUCGAUCUUUAUUCCCACCGAUCGGUAACUUCCGAGCCCUGGACUACCCAUUUUCCGCCUUUGCUCUCCGUGUUGUCCUGGAAGGCCUUCAGUCGCUCAUCUCCGACUGCGACGAACACGAUCUCGCGGUUGGUGUCCCAGGACGCUCCGAUGUACGCCGUGCGCUCGCUCAAGUGCACGAAACAAUCUCAAUGAGCAUCCAUUUCUCUGCGGCAGAGCGCUUGGAAAUUCUCCUCCGUUGGCAUACCGUCUGCCUGGACACCAUGAUCAAUUCCACCGUUCUGUCUCGACAUGUCUGCUCUCGGUAUAACAUCCCACAACACGUCUCAGGUGGUUGUCGAUCAGUCCGGCCGGACUUUGACCUACUCAAAUGGACCAAAACGGAGGACGCCCGUCGUGCCGUCCUCCAUGCCGUCGCUAUCCAAGAUAUUGUCGAGCAAUUGCCCCGUGGACGAGCCCAUGUCGUCCACAUGCCCAGCUCCCUCUUUGCCGCUGCGACCGUGUACGUCGUCUUCUCCCUGGCCGGUGUAGCCACGGUCAGUCUCCCGCGCACGAUUGUCUGGCAAGAUGCGCUCCUCUCCCACUCGGAUCACAAUCUCGGUCAUGAUGAUAUUCGACCUGCCUCUGGAUCAGAGACACGACGCUUCGUGGAGACUGAACAAGGAAUCUCACAGGCCCCGAUCGGCGGCACCGUUCGUAAUCUGCUGUAUGAGUUGAACUCGAUGCAGAAGCUCUUCCGCUGUCUGUCAUCACAGUGGGGCAUUGCGCAUGAUAUGGAAAAUAUUAUUGCUCAGUGGAUUCAAUUGUGUCAUUAG